AUAGGACGACAUCACCGUGAUUUUCGCCUCGUCUGCGCUCCGCCCCGCCAUCUCUCUCAAUUUGUCAUUUUCACCUUCUCCUCCCCACAACCUCCACCACCCCCACCCCCUCUCUGUCCUCCAGCUGUAUUCUUACGUUAAACUUCACACGGCGCCGUCAUUUUCACCGCCGCUCCCUCUGUCUCUUUUGUCACUAUUUUCGAUAAGGAAGCUUGUAGUGAUCUGCGGUUUCUGUUUCUGGUAAUUAAGAUCAGAACCUUUUGGAGGUUCGGCUGUGGCUAAUUUCAGGCAACGUCGUUUGGCAUCCCCUUGUGGUCUCUUAUUUUUGCUUUGCUGGAGAUGAGGUUGUGCAGAGGACCGCUGAAUGUUUCGUGAAAUUUAAGCAAAGAGCUGGAUGUAGCUUAAUGUGGUGUUAUAUAGCUUACCCCCUCCUUGUUCUAAAAUCUUUCUCUAAUAUUUGCGAAAUACAUGCAAAUCCGCAGUACAGCUUCUACAGGUAUUAAUAUGAAGGAAACUGACAGCAAUACAUUGAGAUGAAUUGAAGUCUUCGCAUAAACUAGUAUUAAGGAUGAAAGGAGGCUUUUAUGGCUUGAAGGUUGCACAGGUCUCUCUCAUCCUCAUUGGUUUCGUAUGCCUAGCUGUUCUUAUGUUGGCAUGGACAAAAACUACGUUGCUCACCUCUUUAGAUCCACCUGAGAGUGAUUUGUCAUAUUUGACACCAGAAAUUCCUUUCAGCAUCAGAGAAGCUGCUGGUACAAAAGAUGUUUCACAAAAUACGAGUAGUCUAAGAGUGGAUGAAAAAGACUUUGUUUCACCGCUGAGUUCUAAGGACCUGGAAUUCUCUGCCAUACAGUCUUCUGCUGAAGAUGAACAUCAUCAAUAUGUGAAUUCUACACAAAGGCAAGACUGUAACUUUGGAAAAGGUAGAUGGGUUAUUGAUGAUGCUCGACCUCUGUAUUCUGGAUUGGGUUGUAAGCAAUGGUUGUCAUCUAUGUGGGCUUGCCGCAUGACUCAGCGCACUGAUUUUGAGUACGAGAAAUUACGUUGGCGGCCAAAAGAUUGUGACAUGGAAGAUUUCACAGGUCCAAAAUUUUUGACAAGGAUGGUGAAUAAAACUCUGGCUUUUGUUGGGGAUUCAUUAGGUAGGCAGCAGUUCCAAUCUAUGAUGUGCAUGAUCACAGGAGGAGAAGAGAGGCCUGAUGUUCUUGAUGUGGGAAAGGAGUAUGGUCUUGUCAAAGCUCGUGGUGCUACACGCCCUGAUGGUUGGGCUUAUAGGUUCCCGAGUACCAACACUACCGUCCUUUACUAUUGGUCUGCAAGUCUCUGUGACUUGGAGCCCCUUAAUGUUUCUAAUCCGGCGACUGAUUUUGCAAUGCAUCUGGAUCGGCCACCAGCAUUUCUGAAGCGUUUUAUUCAUAAGUUUGAUGUUCUUGUCCUAAAUACAGGACACCAUUGGAACAGAGGGAAGCUUAAGGCCAACCGAUGGGUCAUGCAUGUUGGUGGUGUGCCUAACACCAAUAGGAAGAUUGCUGAGAUUGCAGGCGCCAAGAAUUUUACUGUGUAUAGUAUCGUUGGCUGGGUAAAUUCACAGCUUCCCAGGUAUCCUGGCUUGAGAGCAUUCUAUCGGUCAAUAUCACCAAGACAUUUCUUUAAUGGAGAUUGGAAUACUGGAGGAACCUGUGACAAUACCACUCCUCUGUCUGCUGGAAUGGAAGUUGUAGAAGAUGAGUCUAUUGAUCCCCUUGCUGCUGGGGCAGUUAAAGGAACUGGUGUUAAGCUCUUAGACAUCACAGCUUUGUCUCAGCUGAGAGAUGAGGGUCAUAUAUCUCGGUACAGUAUUAAAGCCACACCAGGAGUGCAAGAUUGUUUGCACUGGUGCUUACCUGGUGUUCCAGAUACAUGGAAUGAAAUUCUUUUUGCACAAAUCUGAUCCGUUAAAGUUUUGUUCUCAGUGCUGGAAAUUGUGUCUGUUAUUUGUAAUUUGGAAGUUCAAAGAGUCAAGACACCCUGACGAGGAAUCUGUAAGUGGAUAGUGCUUGCUGUUCAGUCGAGUGGCUCAUUUGAAGCCUGCAAUCGGGGGCAAAAAUUUUUGAAGGGAAGAGUUUCACACGAGAGUCAGAAGGUUUAUUGUUCGCUUAAUUAGCCUAAACCGCCAUUAUUUUAUUUUGUAAUCAGAGUUCACCAUUCUAAUUAACUAGUAGGAUACCCGUUACAGCUAGCAGCAGAUGCGUAUUCACAUUCUUAAAGGUCAUUCCUUGUAGUUUUGUCCAAGACUCCGGAAUGCAAGUGAAGUGAAGUGCAUCUGGAUUGCUGAUAAGAGGGGAAGCCAUAUAUAGUGUAAGAGGUAGACCCCUAAAUUCAAAUUGGUUCUGUAAUCAGCCGGACAGGCGAACUUUGUAGGUCAAUACCAUAUGGUAGCUGCAAUCAAAAGCCGGACUCAAUAAGUCUGCUGCUGCCAAUUCAGACGCGAUGGCCUUUGAUAAUA